GUAAUUAUGUCUGGACGUGGCAAGGGAGGCAAAGGACUGGGGAAAGGAGGCGCCAAGCGUCACCGCAAAGUUCUCCGUGAUAACAUCCAGGGAAUCACCAAACCCGCCAUCCGUCGUCUGGCUCGCCGCGGUGGAGUGAAGCGUAUCUCCGGCUUGAUCUACGAGGAGACCCGCGGCGUCCUGAAGGUGUUCCUGGAGAAUGUCAUCCGUGAUGCCGUCACUUACACCGAGCACGCCAAGAGGAAGACUGUGACCGCCAUGGAUGUUGUCUACGCCCUGAAGAGGCAGGGACGCACUCUGUACGGUUUCGGAGGUUAAAUAUUCCCCUCUAUGCCCCAAUCUAAACAUAAACGGUCCUUUUAAGGACCACACACUUCUGUUAAAAGAGCUGUUAUUCCUCCAACCAUGGAUAUAUAAGUCUAUA